AUGGCUGCCUCCGCUAUUCCCUCUAACGGGUUGAUCGACCCAAAUAAACAGGCCGAAUACCCUAUAAUACUGGGCGACAAGUUGGCAGGAAAGAAGGACGCCUCGCGUUCCAAGUUCGUUCACAUACAGUACAACCACAAGUCGAAAUCUGCGAACCCGCUGCAGCGAUCCGUGAUCAAACCCUCUCGCGUUAAAGACCAAUAUAACCUGACGAUCACCGAUGGGCUACAGAAUGCCGAGCAUGUAUAUAAAGGCAGCGUGGACCCUGAGCAGGCCGUUUCGGGACAGGAGGAGAAUAACUUGAUCUUGGUGUUCGAUGCCGAACGAAAGGCGUUCGUCCUGGAGCCGGUCGCAGCUCAGCUCAAUUUCAAUCUUCGCUCGGCUCCUGCCAGGACAAGUAAACAGGUGCUUGAACUGCGUCAGCUGCGGACGUUGCAGGAGGACGAGCACGUCUCGGGAGACGACAUGAGCGGAAAUGACGAUGGUCCGGCGGAUGACAGCAACCCAUAUGAUUUUCGUCAUUUUCUUCCCAAAGACAAUGCGGAAGAUGACAACAAGUCGGCCUCAGACAAUGCGACUCCCGAACCCUAUUCCGCACCGAGUAAAGGCAAUACUCCUUUGCUGAUGCCGACGGCUAAGAGGCCAACUGCGAGCCCGAAACUUAAGUCCACUCCCAGCCCCAAGCUUAAGCCUACCCCGAGUCCGAAGCCGAGGCCCAAAUCGUCAGCAAAUCCUUUGCGCCAGACCAAACGCCCGGCCGCACCGGCCGCACCGGCGAAACCAGAUAACGCAACGAGCACCCCUAAACCCAACCCAAAGCCUAAGCCUCGUGCUCCGGAGAAGGCGAAACAGCCGGACGGACUUGGGGUGGAAGUGCCAAAGACUUCACCGGCUCCAGAUCUUGGAACGGGUGCGAUAUCGGCCCAUAAAGCAAUUCCAUCGCCAGGGACAAAUAUCAUCGUCGACGGAGAUCUCAUCAUCGACAUGGGAUCGCCACCUCCUUCGCGCCCCCGCUUCAACAUCAACCCCGCGCACUUCUCGUCGAACAAUACCCCAGGGAUGGAUGUCGGCGAUGACAACGAAGACGAAGAGGAAGAGAUCGAGGAUCUACGACUCCCAUCUCCCGCUGGACAUGGGGGGCGACCCACAGCGCCUGGAAGGAUGCAGCCCGUGUCGAAUGCUCCGGCGACCGAAGAAGAAGUUGAAGACGACGAUGCUUUGGCCGCAGAGAUGGAAGCUGCCUUUGAGGAGAGCGCCCGAGAAGAAGAAGAAGAAGAAGAAGAAGAAGAAGAAGAAGCUCGAAGCCACACUUCUCAGCAAGGGGCGUCGUCGCAUCAGUACCACAUCCCUAGUGAUGAUGAGAGUGAAGUGAGCGAGGAAGAAUAA